AUGGAUUCCCUGCGAAGAUCAUGGAAACUACAGGAGUUUGUCGCCCACAAGGCAAAUGUAAAUUGUUUAGCAAUGGGCCACAAAUCGAAUCAAGUGUUAGCUACUGGAGGUGAUGAUAAGAAAGUAAAUCUCUGGGCGAUUGGUAGACAAAGUUGUCUCAUGAGUUUGAGUGGCCAUACUACCCCAGUAGAAUGUGUUUGUUUUGGCCAUUCGGAAGAUUUGGUUUGUGCUGGUUCACAAACAGGUGCCUUAAAAAUAUGGGACUUGGAAGCAGCAAAACUAUUAAGGACAUUUACUGGCCAUAAAGGAGCUAUUAAAUGCAUGGAUUUUCACCCAUAUGGUGAUUAUUUGACUACAGGCUCAUGUGAUAGUAAUAUCAAAUUGUGGGACACACGAAAAAGAGGUUGCAUUGUAACUUAUUCCAGUCAUCGCCUUGCAGUAAACAGCCUUCAGUUUAGCCCAGAUGGACAAUGGAUUGCCUCAGCUUGUGAAGAUGGGCUAGUAAAAGUGUGGGAUGUGCGUGUAGGCAAAGUGUUACAAGAAUUUAUAGAACACACAUCAGCUGUAACAUGUGUCAAAUUUCAUCCUCAUGAAUUUUUGCUUGCAAGUUGCGGUAGUGAUAAGACUGUUAACUUUUGGGAUAUGGAGAAAUUCCAGUUAGUCUCAAAAUUUGAAAAAGACAAUACAUCCAUAAGGCAUAUGACAUUUAGUGAUGAUGGAACCACUUUAUUAGGUUGUGGUAAUGACGGCUUGCAUGUUGUUGGCUGGGAACCUGCACGAGUAUUAGAUACAGUAUCUGGACAUUGGGGUCAAAUUCAUGACAUGACUGUUGCUCAAACACAACUUAUAGCAGGAUCAUUCCACUCAACAUAUGUUGUUUUAUCAGUUGUGGAUUUGAACAAAGUACAUCCAUUUGGUGGUCCACCUCCUGUUGCACCGACUGUAGUCAGAGAUUUGUCACCAUUUCAAAAAGGACAUACAGUGCGUAAAAGUUUCUCAAAAGAAAAGCCACCUAAAGAAGCAAUGCACAGGCCAACACUGCUUGAUGAGAAAACUGCUGAAGAAUCAGCAUCAGGCACUGAAGCUGAUGAGGACUCAGGUGCUGUUAUAUCAAAUUUUAAUGACUAUACUGAAAUUUUUCGGCCAUCCAGAGCGUUAACACGCACGCCGCCACCCGCAACCAGCUUGUCAUCUGAUGAUUAUUCAGAACCAGUUGCAGAGCCUUCGCGUAAAUUAGAGGCAACAGUGAGUACGUCUCUGCGUGACUUGAUGCUUGAGGAGUCCAGUCCGCCGCCGCCGCGGCCGCCCCCGCAGCCCUCUCCGCCGCAGCGUCACCGCGCCGACCACUACUCGCGCAUACCCACGCCCAAAGAACACUACCCCGUGUUAGACAAGAAAUCCGAGGUGUUCUCAAGGAUGAUGGAUAACAGUAAAGAUGCCAAUACUUACACUACUACGAAACCCACCGCAAUAAAUGAUUUUGCUACCAAUUCCCUAACAGCGUGUACAUUAAACCGACAUAAUUCUUACAAAGAAUCGAAAACAACUACUGAGAUGUGUGGAAACAAUCUGCGACAAAGUAACAGCGAGGUAUCAUUGGGCCCUCCAUCAUUGGGACCUAGAUCAUUAUCAUUCAGUAGAACCCAGAGUCAAAAUACAAGGCGAAGAAUUGAUAGCGUUAGCCGUGAAAACGUAUCAAUAUCAUGCAACGUUGAAGAUCCGGAAAGGGAACCUGAACCGGAGUUUAUUCCUUAUGCCACAGAUAGACCUGUUGGACUAGAUUUAGAAGAAUUUUUACCUCGCGGCCUGGCGGCGAGUAUGGGACGCGGAGGAGCGCGCGGCGGUGGCGCCGAGCCCAGCGAGCAGGAGGUGCUCGGUGUCAUGAUGCGCGGACACGACUCCAUGAUGGCCGUGCUCACCGCACGACAGCGCGCACUGCAGAUAUUUCAUUCAGUAAGGGUUAAUAAAAGUCUAAAAUCUGCAUUAGAAUCUGUCAUAGCACUUGAAGACACGUCCGUUAUACUAGACAUUCUCAAUGUUAUGGCACAUAAACCGUCCUUGUGGAAUCUUGACAUAUGUCUAUUGAUGCUGCCUAAAAUAUAUGACUUAUUACAAAGCAAAUAUGAAUCGUAUAUGCAAUGCGGUUGUAACGCUUUGAGAUUGAUAGUACGUAAUUUCUCUUCGGUGGUUCGAGCCAAUGUCAGUGCUCCAGUUCGCACUCUAGGGGUUGAUAUUCCGAGAGAGGAACGAUAUACAAAGUGUGUCCAAAUACAUAGAUUGCUGCUAGAAGUACGCGCUUUCCUACUCAAGAGACAAACGCUUCAAGGACGCCUUGGCGCCGCAUUCCCGAAAAGAUUAGCUCGAUCGCUAGAAUGUUUAGAAGAUGCUGAACUGAGAAGGCAAGAACAAGCAGAGCGUCAGGCUGCUUUUAGAGCAUCUGAGACACCGUCUCAACGUCAGCAAAGGCGUCUUGAACAGACAGAGCGUCAGGCUGCUUUAAGAGCUUCCGAAACACCUUCUCAAAGUCAAGAAAGGCGUCUUGAACAGGCAGAGCGUCAAGCUACUUUAAGAGCUUCUGAAACACCUUCUCAAAGUCAGCGAAGAGCUACUGAAACACCUGAUCAAAGUCAGCAAAGGCGUCUUGAUCAGGCAGAGCGUCAAUCUACUUUAAGAGCUACUGAAACACCUGUUCAAAGUCAGCUAAGGCUAUUCGAACAAGCGGAACGUCAGGCCGCCUUAAGAGCCGCGGAAACACCUGAUGAAACAAAUAAAGUACUAAACGACCAGAGAUGA